CUUCACCUGCUUGCACUUAGAAUAGCAGGACUAAAACAAAUAUCACAAACGAGCAGGAACCACCACCUGACAUCAGAGACAACUUUGUCUAAUGUGUAUAAUAAUGUUGUGUUUGUUUUGGUUUCAGUUUUUCCAGAUUUGCUCAGAAUUAUCCCUGCAAGUAUCCACGUUAGUGUCAUUCUGUUCUGUGCAGUGCUGAUUGUCUUUGCCCUGGUGGGAGCAGGGUUCUUCAUGUUCAACGCUUUUGGCAGCCCCUACGAGACUCUGCACGGCCCCGUGGGGCUGUACCUCUGGAGCUUCAUCUCCUGUUCCUGUGGUUGCCUCAUCAUGAUUCUGUUCUCCUCAGAGGUGAAGAUCCACCACCUUUCAGAGAAAAUUGCUAAUUUCAAAGAGGGAACUUUUACCUUCAAGACUCACAGUGAAGAGUUUGCGAAUUCCUUCUGGACCAUCUUGGUUUGCUCCCUGGUGCACUUCCUCAAUGCCCUGCUAAUCAGAUUUGCUGGAUUUGACUUUCCCUUUUCAAAACCAAAAGACUCAGGGACAAUCACAGGAGCGGCUGACCUGAUGUACUAAAAUGAUGGGAUUUAAGGACAUUUCAAGAAAAGAAGUUUGUCACUAUUGGAUCAACAAUGACCAGAUGUACUGACUUGUGAAUUUUUAGCUCUAGAGAAGGGGAAAAAAGGGAAGUUUCAAAUAAGUGUCAAUAUGGUGUAAGCAGUGAAUGAAAGAAAACGUGCUGUAUGGUAA